GACAGCACGGCGCCAGGGGGCGUCAGUCCGACGCCGACUGCUGGGCCGUGGUCGCGGUGACGUUGACGACAGAGCAGUCGCUGUCCGCCUGCCCGCAACUGACCUAGCCGUCUCCCUCAGAGACAGCACCGCGCGCCUCGGCGGUGGCACCUCUCAGUGGCCGAGGAGUGUACCGUGCGCAGAGAGGGGUGUACCUACGCCACCCGCGCUGCAGUGUGCGCCCGGGGCUUCGCCGGAGGGUGCAGUCGGUGCCAGGAGCAUAAGGACACGCGGACACGCCAGAGCGCGCUACAGUCACGUCCAGCGGCGGCCAACGCUCGGUGGUGCAGAUAGCACGGCAUGGGUCGCCUGGUGCUGCUCGGCCUGCUGGCGGCGCUGGCGCUCUCUGCCAGAGCCGCCACCAAUUGUCCCCCUCACCUCAGUGAUCUCACUGUUUGCGAGGGCGCCGCGAAGAAGGGCCAAUGUCCCGCCGGCUACAUGUACCAGGAAAAGCUGCUUGGCUGCUCACUCUGUUCUGGCUGCGUCGCGUACAAAGGCUUCAGCGCCACCUGCCUGCCUGCCAGCACCACGCCGGAGCAGUCCCAGUACUCGAUCGUGAUGAAGUCGGGACUGGCUCUGGUCAACUACACCGACUGCGGGCCCGGCCUAAACUGCACCGACGGCCGGUGCCAGCUGGCCGACAGCACCACGCCGUGCCUGCAGGCACUGCACGACUACCUGACAGCCAGCCCGCCCAAGACCUACUGGUACCGCCCCGAGUGUCUGCCGGACGGCACGUACGCGCCCGUUCAGUGUCAGGACCGCACCACCUCCGGCGUCUGCUUCUGCGUCACGUCCGACGGCACACGCAUCUUCGGGCGUGAUCUGCACACGAACCGGCACCUGAUGACGUGCGCAUGCUCGCGCAAGUUCUGGGAGAUGACGGCGGCGGACCGCAAGGACAUCACGCUGCACUGCGAGCCCAACGGCAACUACGAGCCGCUGCAGUGCGACAAGGACGUGUGUUUCUGCGUCAACUCUACGACGGCUGAGCUGUACGGCGGCACCGUUUCCCGGGAGCAGUGGACUGGCCUGCCCUGCUAUGACCCUAAACACUUUCCGGGCAGCUAUAACCGUCUAUGUGAGUCCAUGAACAGGGCGUCUCGGAAAGUGGCCACGCUUCUUGUCUCCCACGGCAUCCACGAGUCGUCCAACUUCUCCGCGAAGUGCGAUCCGGACGGCAGCUACUACCCGACGUACUGCAGUGCCAAGGACCAAAGCUGCAAGUGUCGUGACAGAGCGGGAAACAACAUUGGCAACUACUACGUGGACAGCUCUCACGCAGACGCCAAUAGCAUGAAUUGUCAGUGCGCCCGAGAUCAUAAUGAUUACGAUGCAAUCGCGUACAGCCUGAGGAACGUCGCUUGCGAUACAAAUGGUAACUACAAACCGGAGCAGUGCGGUCAGGACCAGUGCUACUGCGUGGAUUCAUGGGGCACGCCCAGUUCUCUGCCGGUGACUACAAACAUCGAUGGCGUAGGCGCACUGACACGCUGCUGCCUUAAGUGCCUAAGGAAGAACACGCUCGACUGCUCGGACAAGACAAAGUACGAGAAAUAUUGCACAGAGGGCCUGCCGACCUGGCUGCAAUAGCUCACCUGGCCCAAUGAGCCAGAAGGCGUGAAGCCAUGACACGGCUGAAGAUCAUCCUUUGACCAUCGUUCUAAAGGUUGCCGUCUUGACUUCAGAGGUUUCGGUAUCCAGAUCAAUUUUCGAACCCAUCAGCAGGGGAGCAGGGCUGAGUUUUGAACUUGAAAGGCACAAGAUAUCGCGUUUAAUGAUUAUGACUAUAGUCAAAUUAGUGGGCAUCAGCACCUCACCGGAAGGUUAUGCGAGCCUCACAGCCCUGGGACGCGACGAGCCAAAUGACCGUUUGUACGACAGGACCUCGUGCGUCCUUAUGCGUACGUAUGCUGGUGCUACCGCAUCACUGUUAUUUAGUCCAUCACUCUGGACGUAGCAGGACAUGUCACACAAGUGUGCAUUUUGGCAAUAAAUAGCAGGCGUCGCUGA